AUGCACUUUUCGACCAUCACAGCCCUGUCGGCCGCGACACUCGUCACGGGCGCCGCAGUCAAGCGACAGGAAUCGAUUCCAGCGACGCAACUCUUCCCUGCGCUGCCCCUGUCCAUUUUUGCCGAGACUGCCGGACACACAUUGACCCUCGAGGAAGCUCUGGCCGGACUGAAUAUCACCGACAAGAUUCAUGAAAUUGGCGACAAGAUUCACGAUGGCAUCGAUAAGAUUCACGAUGGUGCCGAGGAGGUUGGUGACAAGAUUUCGGACCUUGGCGACAAGGUCGGAGACAGCAUCGGAAACUUCAUAAAGCCCAAGAUGAGAGUCAAUACAGCCAGUGUGAACAGUGUAAACGCUGCUGCAGCGACAUGCACUAGCGUCCGCGUCCGCACAGAGUGGGACUCGGUUUCCACCGCGGACAGGCAAAACUUUGUCAACGCCGUAAAGUGUCUGAUGGGCAAGGCCCCAACUGGCCAGUUCGCUGCCUCUAAAAGCCGUUACGAAGACUUUGUUGCUUUGCACCAGACCCUUACACCUAGGGUGCACAGCAGCUCAAAAUUCUUGCUGUGGCACAGAUACUUCUUGUGGACAUUCGAGCAGGAGCUCCGGGACAGCUGUGGCCUCACCACUACCCUGCCGUGGUUUGAUGAGACCAAAUAUGCCGGCAAGUUUGGCCAGUCCUCGAUCUUCUCGAGCCAGUGGCUCGGUGGUAUUGGUCUUGGUGGCGCUUGUGUGACAGAUGGCCAAUUCGCCAAUCUCGCCAUCAACAUCGGUCCUGGCUCCGGUAACCAGCCUCACUGUCUCGCUCGCAACGGCGAUUCUGCUAAAACUAUCAACACCGGCCAGUCCAUGGUUGAUGCCUGUAACUCUCGUGGCACUUUCGCCGACAUGGCUGGCUGCUCUGAGGGCGGUGCUCACGCCUGGGGCCACAACGGUAUCGGUGCUGUGAUGCAAGAUGUCUACGCUUCGCCCGCAGACCCUACAUUCUGGCUGCACCACGGUUUCAUUGACCGCAACUUCCGCAUCUGGCAAAACCAGAACGCCGGUGUCCGCACAACCACCAUUGACGGCACAGACAUCGAUGGCAACGCGCUGACACUCGACACAAAUAUCAACGUUUACAGCUUCAGACCAGACGUCAAGAUCAGGGAUAUUCUUGAUACCACUGGCGAGACCCUCUGCUACAAAUACAACUACUAG